AUGGCAUAUGACCGAUAUGUUGCUAUAUGUGAUCCUUUACACUAUCACACUAUUUUAAACAGGAAACAUUGUAUUGUUUUGGCAUCUGGCACUUGGAUAACAGGAUUCUUAAACUCACUUGUGCUUACAAUCCCAGUGUCACACAUGUCCUUCUGUCAUUCUCGCACCAUACACCAGUUUUUCUGUGAUGCUAAAGCUCUGCUUAACAUCUCCUGUGCUGGCCGUGAAGAUUUCUAUAAUGUAUUCUAUAUGGAAAUAUUGAUGUAUGGAGUUUUCCCAGUCAUGUUCUGUUUGACAUCAUAUAUAAAAAUUAUUGGAGUUAUCUUGCAGAUAAAAUCGAAGGAUGGCAGAAAGAAAGCCUUCUCCACCUGCUCAUCCCACCUCACCAUUGUUAUUAUGUAUUAUAUGACAGGUGUGUCUGUGUACAUUAUGCCACCAUCAGAAUACUCCGAUGUCCUAGAACCAGUGUUUAUUGUACAAGGCUCAGUUGUAACUCCCAUGAUAAACCCUCUGAUCUACAGUCUACGGAAUAAAGACAUGAAACGUGCUCUGCUGAGACUACUGCGGUGGAAACAAAGUAUUGAGCAGUAA